AUGGUUGCAACUGCUGCAGCAUCAUCGUUUUUUCCUGUUACUUCAUCAUCUGACAUUGUUGAAAAAUCCUCCAAAAAUGGAGGUAAUUCUUUUAGCCUCGGAGGAUUCAAAUCCAAACAAACCUCUGAUGGAAUAAGCCUCAAGGCAAAUGCAUCAUCCCCUUCCAAAACCAAUGGAAACGCUACGAAGGUUGAAAAUGAUUCACCAUCACAACAAUAUCACCAAAGGACAUUCAUCAAUCAGUUGCCUGAUUGGAGCAUGCUCCUUGCCGCCGUUACAACGAUUUUCCUUGCGGCUGAAAAGCAGUGGACCACACUUGAUUGGAAGCCGAGACGGCCUGAUAUGCUCGCUGAUCCUUUUAGUAUAGGAAAAAUUGUGCAGGAUGGUUUUGUGUUUCGCCAAAAUUUUCCAAUUAGAUCAUAUGAAAUAGGGGCUGAUAAAACCGCGUCUAUAGAGACGGUAAUGAAUCAUUUGCAGGAAACUGCGCUUAAUCAUGUUAAGACUAUAGGGCUUCUUGGUGAUGGAUUUGGUUCUACGCCAGAAAUGUGCAAAAAGAAUCUGAUAUGGGUUGUAACUCGAAUGCAUGUUGUGGUUGAUCGUUACCCAGUGUGGGGGGAUGUUGUUCAAGUGGAUACUUGGGUUUCUGCAUCUGGAAAGAAUGGUAUGCGUCGUGAUUGGCUCGUGCGUGAUCUCAAAACAGGUGAAAUCAUGACAAGAGCAUCCAGUGUUUGGGUAAUGAUGAAUAAGCUGACAAGAAAGCUGUCUAAAAUUCCAGAAGAAGCGAAAGAAGAGAUAGAGCCUCACUUUGUUAAUUCUGUUUCUGUUCUGAAUGAAGAUAACAGAAAGCUAACGAAACUUAAUGAUACCGCUGAAUAUAUUCGUACUGGUUUAAGUCCAAGAUGGAAUGACCUAGAUGUUAAUCAGCAUGUUAAUAAUGUGAAGUACAUUGGAUGGAUUCUGGAGAGUGCUCCGCAGCCGAUUUUGGAGAGUCAUGAGCUGCAUUCAGUGACUUUGGAGUACAGAAAGGAAUGUGGGAGAAACAGUGUAAUUGAGUCUCUGACUGAUGUAACUGAUGCUGACAUUGGAAAUUUAGCUGACAGUGGAUUUGUCGAAUGCAAACACUUGCUUCGGCUGGAAGAUGGUGUGGAGAUUGUGAGGGGCCGGACGGAGUGGAGACCAAAACCUGUCCACAAUUUUGAUGUUUUGAAUCAGGUUCCAUCACCAUCAGCAUCAUCAGAGAGCGUCUAA